CGAACCGACAUAAAAUUCACAUCACCCUAAAACCUCACCUAAACCCCAAAUUCCAAAUCAAUUAAUAAAAUAAAAAUGUCGUCGUUUUUUUCUUCCUUUACCUCCUCCUUAUCGGAGACAAACCUAGCAACCGCAAAAACCAUCCUCACCACCGCCGCCUCCAUAGCCGGCACCGCCAUGUUAAUCCGUUCUGUCGCCAACGAGUUUCUCCCAAUGGACAUCCGUGACAUCGUCUUCACCGGAAUCAAAUCCGCUUACUGUCGUUUCUCCACCAACGUAACAAUGGUGAUAGAAGAAUUCGAAGGCCUUGACAAUAACCAAAUCUACUCCGCUGCAGAAACUUAUCUCGGCACCAUAGUUUCACCUUCAACAAAACGCUUCCGUAUAAGCAAAUCCGAUCAUCAACAAACUUUUACUCUUACAAUGGAGCGUGAUCAAUUGGUAACUGAUUAUUUCAACGGCGUUAAACUGAAGUGGAUUCUCUUUUCUCGCCGCGUUGAAAAUCUUCGCAACAACCGUGAUUUAACCGUUCCGAUGAAGUCAGAAGUACGUUCAUUGGAGUUAACUUUCAACAGAAAAUACAAGGAGAUGGUUCUAAAAAGCUACAUUCCUUUUAUUCUCGAAAAAGCAAGAUCGAAGAAACAAGAAGUGAAAGCAUUGAAGAUAUUCACCAUUGAUAUACAGAAUCUAUAUGGGAAUCUUAACGACGCGUGGCUGGGGACUACGUUGGAUCAUCCAACGACGUUUGAUACACUUGCACUUGAUCGUGAUUUAAAGGAGUUUGUUAUGGAGGAUUUGGAGAGGUUUGUUAAGAGGAAGGAGUAUUAUAGGCAAGUUGGGAAAGCUUGGAAGAGAGGUUACUUGUUGUAUGGUCCACCUGGAACUGGGAAGAGUAGUUUGGUUGCUGCUAUGGCGAAUUAUUUGCAUUUUGAUAUAUAUGAUUUGGAACUUGGUGAAUUGAGUAGUAAUGCGGAGUUGAGAAGGUUGUUGAUUGCUAUGCCGAAUAGGUCUAUUGUUGUUGUUGAGGAUAUUGAUUGUACUGUUGAGUUUCAAGAUCGUAGUUCACAGUCUAAAUCUGGUAGAUGCAACGACAAACAGGUUACACUAUCAGGGCUGCUGAAUUUUAUUGACGGGCUUUGGUCAAGUUGUGGAGAUGAGAGGAUUAUAGUGUUCACAACAAACCACAAGGAAAAGCUUGAUCCAGCUUUGUUGCGCCCUGGUCGCAUGGAUGUUCAUAUCCACAUGUCCUAUUGUACUCCCUUUGGUUUUAGACAGUUAGCUUUCCGUUACCUUGGAAUUAAAGAACACACCCUGUUCGGAGAGAUUGAGGAAACAAUUCAGCAAACACCGGUAACUCCUGCUGAAGUGGCAGAGCAGCUUCUCAAGGGGAGUGAAACUGAAACUACUCUUAAAGGUCUGUCAGAUUUUCUUACAAAGAAGAGAGUAACUCGGGAACUUGAGGCUAAAAAGAGAGAACAAGAAGAGCAGCAUAGGGAUCAGCUGGUAGAUGACAGUGAUUUUGAAGGAGAGAAUGUUCGGCAUUUCGGUCCUCAGAAUUGUAAUGGUCGAGCAAUUUAGUUUCUCAAAUUUACGAAAUAGUAAAUUAGUCCGUUAAACUAAAGAACUUCCAUCAAUUUAGCCACUCUAUCAAAAUAUCUUUUUAGUGAACAUGCAUCAAAA